AUGAGCCCGUCCUUCCUCCUCCUCCUCCUCCUCCUCGCCCUGCCCGCCCGCGCCCGGCGGCAGCAGGUGCCCGGCGGAGCGCAGCCGGGGCCGGCGGGCCGCAACGCCCCCGCGCCUUCCUCCUCCUCCUCCUCCUCCUCCUCUUCCUCCGCGGCGGUGGCGGCGGCGGGGCCGAGCCGCUUCCCGCGGAGCCGCCCGGGGCGGCGGCGGGGCCGGCUGUACUGCCGGGUGGGCAUCGGCUUCCACCUCCAGCUGCACCCCGACGGCCGGGUGGACGGCGCCCACGACGCAAGCCCGCUCAGUAUUUUGGAAAUAUUUGCUGUGUCUCAGGGGAUUGUAGGAAUACGAGGAGUUUUCAGCAACAAAUUUUUAGCGAUGUCAAAAAAAGGAAAACUCCAUGCAAGUGCUCGGUUCACGGCGGACUGCCAGUUUCGGGAGCGCUUCCAGGAGAACAGCUACAACACUUACGCCUCGGCCAUCCACCGCAGCCCACGCUCGGGCCGACAGUGGUAUGUGGCACUCAACAAACGGGGCAAAGCCAAGCGGGGCUGCAGCCCCCGUGCCCGGCCCCAGCACGUCUCCACACACUUCCUCCCCCGCUUUUGGCAGCCCCAGCCCCCUGAGCUCGCCUUUACUGUCACCCUUCCCGAAAAGAAGCCCCCACCACCACCAAAACCGAAGGUCGCUCCGUCCCCACCUCGGAAAAACCCUGGCCCCAUCAAGUACCGGCUGAAGUUUCGUUUUGGGUAGUGCCCCAUGGCAGGGAUGCUGGCACAGGAGAGACUGGGCACCUGGACAGAUUUUGGGGGUGACCCCAUGGGAGACCUGCAUCCCCCUGCUCUGGACAGAUGUGGGGAGGCUCCAGGUUGCCAUGCUGGACUUGAGGUCUUCUUUUUACCAUGCAAAGCAGAUGGCAUCCUCAAAGGUGUGACCUGGGAUGACAUAACUUGGGCUUUCCAAAGAGUAUUCCUGUGGUGAACAGAAAACACUUGAUGGACGUUGGGUUAAUUUUCUGUUGUUGAAAGAAGCAGGAAGGUACCUCUAUGGCGAACAUAUUUUCUUACCUUAUUUUGAUCAGUGACUCUUCUGACAAUCAUUUUCAUACAAGAGAUAUGUUCAGAGCCAACGUAUUAAGUGGGUUUUUUUUCUUUUUGGUUUUUUUUGCAUCUCCUUUUUGCUGCACUUUUUUCCUCCAACCAUACCUCAGACACCGUAUAUCCAGGUCUGCCCCUUCCCUUCCCUUACAAACCAGCUCCUCCCUUCCACAGCAAAACAGCAAGACCAAGCCCAACAAAUCCAUUCACCUUAUUUGUGGUGCAAGGUGGUCUUAAAACUCUUUGUUGGCAAUAAUAGAUAUUUUAUUUUUUUUUCCUUCAGGGUCGCAGGCUUGGGGAGGGUGGCUCCUGCUCCUCGUGGUCUCUCCUGUUCUUCCCUGGACAGCUGGAGGAGCGAGUCUCCUCUUGUCCAUCAAAGUAUAGCUUCGAUGUCUGUGUUUAAAAUACCUCUGUCCCAGCCCCGUGGCAUUCCUGCUCGUAUGGGGAGGGAGCUGCGCCAAAAUCCCUCCUCAGGGAAUGGCCAGGGGGAGCCCAUCCGCACCCCUGCUCCCUGGUGACAGGGACACCUUUGGCCCUCAGGUGCCCACUGGUUUCUUCUGACAGUGUGCGUAGCUGAUUUAUUUUACCAUUCACAGUACACUUACGGGGCAGGGGGGAUGAAGGGUUUUAGUUUAUAGUGAGCGUGGCGACGUGGCAAUAAAUGCUGUUACAGCUACUUGUACCUUCAGAAGUGUUUUUUCCUACCCAGGGUUGCCCUAUGGCCCUGACUGUCAAAUUGGUUCUCCAUUGUGGUGUUACCUGUGGAGUAAUUGUGCACAUGGAGGUUUUAAUCGGCAUUUAGCUGUGUUGUGAACGUACAGAAAAUGGUAGCAUUGAAGCUCACCAGUUAAGCCUUAAUAAGAGCCCAGGUGGGCUCGUGUUGGCAAAACCCCUCCCGAUCUGAGCCCUGCUAGUGUUGAGCAGCAAUAACGAGGGCAGGCAGCACUGCCGAGCCUUUUCUGCAAACCUAAUCAUGGUACAGGUGGCUAUUCCCACUGAAAUCACGGUUCUUCACCCGUUGUCCUUCUGGGCAGCCCCUGGCCGGACACAUCCACUCUACGUGGCAGCGAACGCUUUCACACAAGGGCACGCACUCCGUGUGUGGGGAUGGGUGGGGAUGCCGGAAUAAAAUAUAAUUGUGCUUCAUUUUUAGCUGUGUAAUCUCUUGCUUGUCUACUGCCUGUGUGUUUUUUUCUUUUCUUCUUCUGCAGGAGAAGAAUGGCUGCUGCUAAAUUAGCCACUAUGCAUGUUUUUGUCAGAGGGUUUGCCUAGUGUGGUAUUGACACCAGGGUGGAUUGGAGCAAAAUCGAUGCACGUGCUUCCUUUGUACGCCAUGCUCCGCGUAGUGUGUGCUGGGCCAAACCUCCCGAUGGCUCCUGUGGGGCAGCUGUCACGCAGGGGAGUGCAAGCCCAACAUGGGCACACUGUGCACCCCGGCCAUUUGCAGCGAGAUAGCCUGACCACAAAAUUACAAAAUUCAAAUAAUACUGCUUAUCUGCUGUUCAGCAGCUAGUCACAAUUGGGUAUAAUUAAUGCUCAGUGACGCAUGGAGACACCUGAAUGAACUAAUUGAAUGAAAACAUUUGCAGGAGCCAUGUAGGAGAGUGCCUGCCUCAGCAUCGGGUGGGUGCCUGGAGCUCCCUGGGCAGGUAAGAGAGGAGUGAACUGGUCCCUUGUUGUCACUGCUUUCCCUCAGAGGGAAAAGGUGUUUUUUAAAACCUUGUUUUAAUGAAAAUUCUUGUUGAUAAAUAAUCUGUAUGACAAAAGAUGCUUUGAUCCCUGUGUUUCUGGGCAGAAAACUGAUCCUGAACUGAGCUGCGACGGCAGCAUCCAGUGUUUGCCAAUGCAGCUGCUGGGGAGUGCCGCUUGCUCUAUUGCAGUUGGUGGGAGCGUGGGGGGCCACAAGUUGCCCUUGGACUAACCUGAGGAAGGAGGGGUGCUGCUGGAGCUCAGGGCCCCCUUGCCAGCCUUCCUGCAGCCCCCAUGCCUGCAGCAGAUGAGCACCACCAUCACCUGGUGCUUGUGGGUCUGGCUGAGCUGUGUGAUGCCCCUCGCUGUUCUCACCAAGGGGAAGAGGAGCACCUGUUGCGUUUCAGAGCUGUCGGGUGAAAUUUGGCUGAGGAAGCAGCCUGGGUGUCUCUUCCCUCUGGUAGCCAUUAAAACCUGCACUCUCCUACUCGGGGUGGGUGAUGACUGAGGUGGGCUGAGGGGGUGCAGGUGCUUUCCCCCCUCGCACCCCAUUUCCCAAGGGGCAUGGGGGCUGCCAUGCUACACAUCGAGGGCUGCUGUUGAAACACUGAUGUUUUACUUGGAGUUUCUGGCAACCAGGAGCAGCCCCACAGCAUACAGCUAAGGGGGGCUGGCAGGCGUGGGAAGCUGCAGGGGGAGGCUGAUGCUUUAAUAUUACAGCAAUUAUUAAAAUGCAGCCACGCUUUUACAACGAAGAGGCCUGUGCUGUGGCAGACAGCAGCUUGCUAGCAAUCUCAGCAGAGAGCCUAAUGCAAGUAAUCUAAGUGGUAUGGACUGACAAACCCUUUCUGUUCCUUUCUGGCCACUUUUCUGCAAGGAAAUUAAAUGUUUGCUUAUCAG